AUGGGCCACCACCCACCCCGGUGUUACUGGUAUUGUAAGAACAAGCGGCGUCCAAAGUCUUGUUUCUGCAGAGGUGUCCCUGAUGCCAAGGUCCGCAUCUUUGACCUUGGGCAGAAGAAGGCAGAACUGGAGCAGUUCCCACUGUGUGGCCACACAGUGCCAGAGGAAUACGAGCAGCUCUCCUCUGAAGCCCUGGAGGCUGUCCGUAUGUGUGCUAACAAGUACAUGGUGAAAAGCUGUGGCAAAGAUGGUUUUUGCAUCCAAAUGCGGUUCCAUCCCUUCCACGUCAUCCUUAUCAACAAGAUGUUGUCCUGUGCUGGAGCUGACAGGCUCCAGACAGGUGUGUGGGGUGCCUUUGGAAAGCCCCAGGGCACAGUGGCCAGGGUCCACAUUGGCCAAGUCAUCAUGUCCACCAGUACCAAGGUACAGAACAAGGAGCAUAUGAUUGAGACGCUAUGUAGGGCCAAGUUCAAGUUCCUUGGCUGCCAGAAGUUUCACAUUUCCAAGAAGUGGGGCUUUACUAAGUUUAACGUGAAUGAAUUUGAAGACAUGAUGGCUGAAAAGUAG